AUGAACCACCUCCCCAAUCAGGCUGUGAGCGUGGCCGCUUUUACCAGCGCUGGCACUGCGGUUGCGACAUCCAAGGAAAAGAGAAAGCCAGGCGUCUGGUGUUCCGCAACCCACUGCUGCCGCUGCCGUCCUGAGACUGGCAGCGGAGUGAGGGAACAACAGUUUGCAAACAACACCAAGCGCGGUUGCAUUGGGCCUGGAUCAUUCCCAAGAAACCACCUCACCCCUCGUGAUUUCAUGAGACUUUCAGCGCCUCCAACAUUCAAACCCUUCCUCGACUGGCUCGAGGAAAUGACCACAAGCGUAGGAUCAAUACAUUUGGACUGUGGUCAAAAGGCGAGAGGAAGCAAAGAUGAUGAUGAUGAUGAUGAUGAUGAUGAUGAUGAUGAUGAUGAUGAUGAUGAUGAUGAUGAUGAUGAUGAUGAUGAUGAUGAUGAUGUCUAUCAGUUCCUGUGCGCCAAUUGGGAGUUGCUGUGCAAGGGCGUAUGCCGGUGA